AGAGAUAAAAACCACACCUUCACUAAGCUUCACUGCCAUUGGACAUCACUAUAGUAUAGCACUGCAAACCGACCUUCCCCAUUCACCAUGCCUCAAGUGGACAUCUACACAGAGCCAGGACCCAUCCCAGACGGUGUGCAGCUGAGGGUUUACAGCAACCCCAUCUGCCCCUAUGUUCAGCGAGUGCGACUGUUUGCAGCUGCCAAAGGCGUACGCACUGAGGAGAUCAACAUCCACCUGAAGAUCAAGCCGGAUUGGUACGUGACUAAGAUCAACCCUGAGGGGAAAGGCAAGGUGCCCGCCAUUCAACUACUAGACGGGAGGGUUAUCAACGAGUCACUCGUAGCUGCAGAAUAUGUCGAUGAAGCUUUUGGUGGCAAGAAGUUGUGGCCAACUGAUCCCUACGAGAGAGCACAAGCCAGACUGACAGUGGACAGUUUUGGAAACAGAUUUACUCCUAACUUCUACAAAAACUACCGAGAUCAGGAGAGCAACGAUCACAACGUGGAGCUAGGCAAGUACAUCCAGACAUUGGAGGAGAAGCUGAAGGCUGGUGGUGGUCCUUUCUUUGGAGGAGCAGAGGCCAAUGCAGUGGACUACCUCAUCUGGCCAUGGUUUGAGAGGUUGGAGACAGUACAGACAAUCAAACCCAAAAUUAGUGAAGCUGUGAACAAAGACAAGUUUCCUCUAGUCUUCAGUUGGAUUGACCGUAUGAAAGAGAACGAGGCUGUCAAGCAAUCAUUCCUACCCACCGAAAACCACCUGGCUUUCCUCAAGACGUACUUGAGUGGUAACCACGACUACGGAACAGUUGACCUCACUGGAGAGGGAGUCAGAAUGUAUACCAAGAAAGAAUAACUCUACAUUGUAUUCUAGAUCGAUGUUAAUUGAGAUUAUUGUUAUACAGACAUUGAUGAAUGUAUAGAAUUGUUUUGCAAUCAGCAAAUUAAAAAUAGCAAUUGAUUACAUAA